AUGUUGGAGAAUUGUCCAAAAGAUUUCAAUAGCUUUACCAUUCGCAACAUGUUAUUGGAUGCCAAUGCUAGGGUUGAAAGAGUGAAUAAUCCAAGUGAAUCAACAAAAACAACACAAUCAAGGAAGAAAUGGUGGAAGAAUUUGUUGAAACACUUGAAAUACCGAGGUAAUUGGGUAGAAGGGAAUCGUGGCUAUAUAAUGGUAGUGGCUACUGUGAUUACAACUAUCACUUUCCAACAGGCAGCUAGCCCCCCAGGCGGUGUUUGGCCACAAAGUGGAAAUGUUACUCAGUAUAUUGAUCGUUUUGCAUCUUCUGGUUAUAACAUCAAAGUUGAUGUUGGAAUGUCAGUUGUAGGUUCCAUCGACACGUUGUACUACUUCUAUUUCAUAAUAUUCAACGCUAUCUCUUUUAUUGCAUUAGUCAUUGUCACCUUCUUACUAAUUAGUGGAUUCCCGGUCAAGAAUAAGAUUUGUAUGGGCCUCUUGACAAUAGCUCUAUGUACCACUCUCGCAUUCCUGGUAAUUACCUAUAUAACUGCAGUCUCCAUGGUGACCCCGAUCUCACUAUUCGAUUUGAAAUAUAAGGAGCUCUCUAGUACACAAAUAUGGGUUCUGGGUAGUUCGGUUGUGGUGAUUUCUUUGGUUUUUUUGCUUCACUUAAUCCGUUUUCUUGUUUGGUUGGGAUGGAUCUUUGGUUGGGAUGGAUCCAUCCCAACCAAACAAGAAAACGGAUUAAGUGAAGCAAAAAAACCAAAGAAAUCACCACAACCGAACUACCCAGAACCCAUAUUUGUGUACUAG